AUUAACUACGCCCCAAUAACUAUUUUCAACCAAUCCUUUUCGCUCGCGAAUUUGAGCUCCCUCGAGCCCUAAUUAACCCUCAACAAGUGCAUGAAAAUCGUUAAUUCAAGUAAUAUUCACGGCUUCCCCUGUGCGUAGCUGUCGCUUAUACCUAUAAGCCAGUGCUACGAUCGGUACAAACCGCUCACAACUACCCAGUAUGCUUGGCAAAUACAUCCUAGAAGAUGAGCCAGCUGCGCAGAGAUCAGAGAAUGCUUGGACAUAUAACCCCAGACAGGGUCUGGGAUCGCUACUUAAGAAAAACUUCCUGAAGUUGUUUCUUAGGCAAGAUCGUCUCCUGCAAAGUUCAAGAUUUAACUACGACGACUUCAUUCCUACCUUCAACAUGGAAUGCUCUUCUUCUGCAGCAAUGACCCCGGAGUCUAAAGUCUCCUCCUCCUGUUCAACCAAUGAUACACUGUCGUCAGCAAUGUCGAAACUAUCAAUGGAGGAAAAGAAUGGUCAGAGUACUUCAAAAACCCUGAACCAGGGAGACUUACUGAAAAGACUUCAGGCAAGAUGCCAUUCACCGGCUCGUCUCAGAACAGAGGGCUUGGUCACAACUCCAUGUCCAAAAUCAGAUAGUCCCCAAUGGAAGGGGAUAAUCCGCUUGGACCUGUUCAAGCGCACACUGGGUGGCCAUAAUCAUCACCAUAAGGGUAAAUCUAGCCAUCGAACAGCCAGAGACGCAGUGGUCAUUGACUGCGAAAUGGUGCAAGCAGAAAAAGGACGGCGAGUUAUUGCCUAUCUCGCUGCCGUGGACUUUCUAACUGGUGAAGUCCUCGUGGACAGUUACGUUGAUCCCCAGAGGAAAAUAUUCAACUGGUGUACUCGCUACAGUGGGAUCACGUUUAAAGCUAUGAAGAAGGCCAAAGCUAACGGCGAUGCCUUGCGUGGGUGGAUGGGGGCGAGACGCGCCCUGUGGGACUAUAUUGAUAGUGAUACCGUGCUGAUUGGGCACGAUAUAAAGAAUGAUUUGAACUGCCUCGGGAUGAUCCAUUCCAAAAUAGUCGACUCGAAUAUUCUAACGGCAGAAGCUGUGUUCAGGCCCAGAUGGGAAACCCAGCGAUUUAGGAGGACUUGGUCGUUGAAGACGCUGUCGAGGGUGUUCCUCGAUAGGUCUAUUCAGGAUAGUUCUAAAGGGCAUAGUGCGCUGCAGGAUGCUGUUGCCACGAAAGAUAUCGUUAUUUUCUGCCUCGAACAGCCUGAAUACUUGAAGAAAUGGGCGGAGUUCGCAAAAGGAGGAUGGGAGGAUAUUCCCGAUGAUUUUGAGACACUGAAAUCUAUUGUCGAUGAUGGUGUCCAAAUCUCGGAUUACCUUUGA